AUGGUUCUUGAAAAGGAGAAGGCGCGAGAGAGGAAUUUAAAGGCUCAGGCGUCACAGGGCAAGAAGAAGAAAAAUAACAAGAGCGGAUCAGAAUAUCAGCGAAAUAAGGAGGCCACUGCCGAGAUUAUGCGCCGAAAGGAGGCAGAGGCAAAAGCCGCUUGA